AUGGUUGUUCAAGCUCCCAUGCUACAAGAGCCCUCACUGGUUCCACGUGUGCGUGGGAAUGUUGGGAUGUCUGUGAAGGACGGACCCAACCCAGGGAAGAUGAUGAUCUUCAACACUAGCAGAUUCUUGGUGUUGAUAUGGCAGGAGAUCGGAGCUGCCGCAGUCAGCCGCAAGGUCGUGGCCUCCCGGGAACGAAACGACCAAGCCAUUGUCGUGGUCGAGCCAUUGAUGACAGAUGGCGCUCUUUUCACACGCCGUGGCUUGCCGCGGUCAAGUCGCAACCAACUUUUCCUUUUGCGCGCGGCUCCAGAGAUAAGCAAAAGAAACGCUGACGAUGCUAAGCCGAUGGGGUUGUGGUUGUACGGUCCAACCCGUGCCUCCUUCGGGAGCCCAGGCACAAGGAAAAUUUGCCCUGAGCCACAACCGCCACAGCGUCAUUAA